AUGGAGGUGAAGGACGCUGAUGUUGAAGAAGAGGUCAGGACGCCACGGAGGGAGAAUGGUUCUGAUUGUGGAAGUGGCAGGGGCUUUCCCCUCUUACUCCUGUCUCCGGGCAGUGAGAAGGAAUUUUCCAUUCUUUUCAUUCUUGGUUUGUUGCCACUGUUAACAGAACCUUCUGGAUAUUUAACAGAUGGUCCAAUUAACUAUAAGUAUAAAACUAAAUGUACUUGGCUAAUUGAAGGCUAUCCAAAUGCAGUGUUAAGAUUAAGAUUCAAUCAUUUUGCUACAGAAUGUAGCUGGGAUCACAUGUAUGUUUAUGAUGGAGAUUCUAUAUAUGCACCUUUAAUAGCUGUACUUAGUGGUUUGAUAGUCCCCGAGAUUCGGGGAAAUGAAAGUGUGCCUGAAGUCGUUACAACGUCCGGCUACGCACUGUUACAUUUUUUUAGUGAUGCUGCAUAUAAUCUCACUGGUUUCAACAUUUUUUAUUCAAUCAACUCUUGUCCUAACAAUUGCUCUGGCCAUGGGAAGUGUACAACGAGUGUCUCCGUUCCAAGUCAAGUAUACUGUGAAUGUGAUAAAUACUGGAAGGGCGAGGCCUGUGAUAUUCCCUACUGUAAAGCCAAUUGCGGCAGUCCUGACCACGGGUACUGUGACCUCACAGGGGAAAAACUGUGUGUCUGCAAUGAUAGUUGGCAAGGUCCUGAUUGCUCUUUGAAUGUUCCUUCCACCGAGUCAUACUGGAUUCUGCCAAAUGUCAAACCCUUUAGUCCUUCCGUAGGCCGGGCUUCCCAUAAAGCGGUUUUACACGGGAAGUUUAUGUGGGUGAUUGGUGGAUAUAGUUUUAACUACAGUUCUUUUCAAAUGGUCCUGAAUUACAAUUUAGAAAACAGUAUAUGGAAUGUGGGAACUCUGUCCAGGGGACCGCUCCAGAGGUAUGGACACUCUCUUGCUUUGUAUCAGGAAAACAUCUUUAUGUAUGGAGGCAGAAUUGAAACAAAUGAAGGCAAUGUCACAGAUGAGUUAUGGAUUUUUAACAUUCCUAGUCAGUCCUGGAGCACAAAAACUCCCACUGUUCUUGGGCACGGGCAGCAGUAUGCUGUGGAGGGGCAUUCGGCACAUAUUAUGGAGCUGGAUAGUAGAGAUGUUGUCAUGAUCAUAAUAUUUGGAUAUUCUGCAAUAUAUGGUUAUACAAGCAGCGUACAGGAAUACCAUAUCUCAUCAAAUACUUGGCUUGUUUCAGAAACUAAAGGUGCUAUUGUUCAAGGUGGAUAUGGUCAUACCAGUGUGUAUGAUGAAAUAACAAAGUCCAUUUAUGUUCAUGGAGGCUAUAAGGCAUUACCAGGCAACAAGUAUGGAUUGGUGGAUGAUCUUUAUAAGUAUGAAGUGAACACUAAGACUUGGACUAUAUUGAAAGAAAGUGGGUUUGCCAGAUACCUUCAUUCAGCUGUUCUUAUCAAUGGAGCUAUGCUUAUUUUUGGAGGAAAUACCCAUAAUGACACUUCCUUGAGUAACGGUGCAAAAUGUUUUUCUGCCGAUUUCCUGGCAUAUGACAUAGCUUGUGAUGAAUGGAAAAUAUUACCGAAACCAAAUCUUCAUAGAGAUGUUAACAGAUUUGGACACUCUGCAGUUGUCAUUAAUGGGUCGAUGUAUAUAUUUGGAGGAUUUUCCAGUGUGCUCCUUAAUGAUAUCCUUGUAUACAAGCCUCCAAAUUGCAAGGCUUUUAGAAAUGAAGAACUUUGUAAAAAUGCUGGUCCAGGGAUAAAAUGUAUUUGGAAUAAAAGUUACUGUGAAUCUUGGGAAUCUGGGAAUACAAAUAAUAUUCUUAGAGCAAAGUGCCCUCCUAAAACAGCUGCUUCUGAGGACAGGUGUUACAGGUACGCAGACUGUGCCAGCUGCACUGCCAAUACCAACGGGUGUCAGUGGUGUGAUGACAAGAAGUGCAUCUCAGCCAACAGCAACUGCAGUGUGUCUGUGAAAAACUACACCAAAUGCCAUGUGAGAAAUGAGCAGAUUUGUAACAAACUUACCAGCUGUAAAAGCUGUUCACUAAACUUGAAUUGCCAGUGGGAUCAGAGACAACAGGAAGGCCAGGCUUUACCAGCUCAUCUUUGUGGAGAAGGAUGGAAUCAUAUUGGGGAUGCUUGUCUCAGAAUCAAUACCAGUAGAGAAAGCUAUGAUAAUGCAAAACUUUAUUGCUAUAAUCUUAGCGGAAACCUUGCUUCAUUAACAUCCUCAAAAGAAGUAGAAUUUGUUCUGGAUGAAAUACAAAAACAUACCCAGCAGAAAGUAGCACCUUGGGUUGGCUUGCGCAAGAUCAACAUAUCCUACUGGGGCUGGGAAGACAUGUCUCCCUUUACAAACACAACACUGCAGUGGCUUCCCGGUGAGCCCAACGAUUCUGGGUUCUGUGCAUACCUAGAAAGGGCUGCAGUGGCGGGCUUAAAAGCAAACCCUUGUACGUCUAUGGCAGAUGGCCUUGUCUGUGAAAAACCUGUUGUCAGUCCAAAUCAGAACGCGAGGCCGUGCAAGAAGCCGUGCUCCUUACGGACCUCGUGUUCCAACUGCACCAGCAACGGCAUGGAGUGCAUGUGGUGCAGCAGCACCAAGCGCUGCGUGGACUCCAACGCUUACAUCAUCUCCUUCCCAUACGGACAGUGUCUGGAGUGGCAGACCGCUACCUGCUCUCCUCAGAACUGUUCUGGAUUGAGAACCUGUGGACAGUGCCUGGAGCAGCCUGGGUGUGGCUGGUGCAAUGAUCCUAGUAACACAGGAAGAGGUCACUGCAUUGAAGGAUCUUCGCGAGGACCCAUGAAGCUCGUGGGAACACACAGCAAUGAGAUGGUUCUUGACUCCAGUCUUUGUCCAAAAGAAAAGAACUAUGAAUGGUCCUUUAUCCAGUGUCCAGCUUGCCAGUGUAAUGGACAUAGCACUUGCAUCAAUAAUAAUGUGUGCGAGCAGUGUAAAAAUCUGACCACAGGAAAGCAGUGUCAGGACUGCAUGCCAGGUUAUUAUGGAGAUCCUACCAAUGGAGGACAGUGUACAGCUUGUACAUGCAGCGGCCAUGCAAACGUCUGUCACAUGCACACAGGAAAAUGUUUCUGCACAACCAAAGGGAUCAAGGGUGAUCAGUGCCAAUUAUGUGACUCUGAAAACCGCUAUGUUGGUAAUCCACUUAGAGGAACAUGCUAUUACAGUCUUCUGAUCGACUAUCAGUUUACCUUCAGCUUAUUGCAGGAGGACGACCGCCACCACACUGCCAUCAACUUCAUAGCAAACCCAGAACAGUCUAACAAAAACUUGGAUAUUUCGAUUAAUGCCUCAAACAACUUUAAUCUCAACAUUACAUGGUCAGUUGGUUCAACAGAAUCAAUGAAAAACAUAUCCUCAGCUGGAACAAUAUCUGGGGAGGAGACCCCUAUAGUUUCCAAGACUAAUGUAAAGGAAUACAGAGAUAGUUUUUCCUAUGAAAAAUUUAACUUUAGAAGCAAUCCUAACAUUACAUUCUAUGUGUACGUCAGCAACUUUUCCUGGCCUAUUAAAAUACAGAUUGCAUUUUCACAACACAAUACAAUCAUGGAUCUUGUGCAGUUUUUUGUCACCUUCUUCAGUUGUUUUUUGUCCUUACUAUUGGUGGCUGCAGUGGUCUGGAAGAUCAAGCAGACGUGCUGGGCUUCUCGGCGGAGAGAGCAACUGCUUCGAGAACGACAGCAGAUGGCCAGCCGUCCCUUCGCCUCUGUGGACGUGGCACUGGAAGUAGGAGCCGAACGAGCGGACGUUCUGCGGGGGCCAUUAGAGGGGCCACCCAAACCCAUAGCCAUUGAACCAUGUGCUGGGAACAGAGCUGCUGUCCUGACUGUGUUUCUCUGUCUACCGCGAGGAUCCUCAGGUGCCCCUCCCCCUGGGCAGUCAGGCCUUGCAAUUGCCAGUGCUCUAGUAGAUAUCUCACAACAGAAGCCUUCGGACAGUAAAGACAAGACGUCGGGCGUGCGGAAUCGGAAACACCACCUCUCAACUCGCCAGGGAACUUGCGUCUGAGAAACAGGGAGUCCUCCCGGAUCAGUUGUGCUGUUCCACCUUUUAAAAGGCUCCCUAUGGCCUCGAGUUGUCUGGAGACAAAACUCUUCAUGGUCCCAGGACCCAAGUGCAGUUCCCUCCAAGUGGGCAAUGACCCAAGUGGCCAAAGAAUCCUCACGAGUUUUCUAGAAGUAACAGUAUUGAAGGUCAUGGAUGAUAAAGUCAGUUUUUAUGACUCUCUUAGGCUUAUCCUAGAUAACUUUAAAUUUCCCUGGAAAAAAAAUAUGUAUAUUGUUUCUUAAUGCAGAUGAAAAAUAUGUAAUUCGUAUAAACCAAACUGUUUAUAUCCCAAGACAUUAAAGAAAGACAUUUUAUAAUGCCUGAACGAUGAGAAUUGUACAGUUUUUGCCUCAUAAGCAAACUUAAAUUGCUUCUAUAUGAAUGGGAAAUGAACAAAUUGCAACAGCUUUAAAUGCUGUUUUUAUCUCACUGUAAAUGUAAAUGUGAGACUUUGAUUUAGUAGGAUGUAGGCAAUGCAUUUAAAUAUUUCACACGACGGUUUCAGGCCCAAAGUCAGAUUGAGAAUGUGACUGUUUUCCACCUAACUGGAAUGCAGACCCAAAUGAGUCCAUUUGGAUGGAUGGUAGGUGCAACUUCACAGGAGGUUUAUUAGGAUUCUGAGUGAAGAGGACCUUCCUGUGGUCCAUGCCAACUGCCUAACUCAUUAUGAGAAUCGAUAGAGCAUGGAAAAGCCUGGCCAGCAAUCAAUUUUCCCCUCCCUCCCAACACAGCCUCCAACACCACGAACCCGAAGAGAGCUGAAAUCGUGAUUUUGCAGCGUGCCAGCUUCGGCCCUCACAUGGUAACUUCUUAAUUGCCCGGGCACCAUGGGAUCAAACCUACAUGGUCCAUCUGCAUUUUUAAAAGAACAGAGAAUCCUCUUUUGACCUUCUGCUAGCAGCUAGCUUUUAUCUACCCUUACAAAUGUGAUGAAAAGUAUUUUAGAGCGACACCUCCCAGGUUAUAAUCUGACCCAGGUUCCUUCCUGCCAACCAUCUCGCUGAGAACACAAGCCGAAAAGAGCAUUUAGCUGGCACGCAUCUACAGAAUUCUUAUUUCCAAUGCGAACACAUAGGUGUCCUGAGCGAAAGUCUGCCGUGUGAUAAAUAAGUUCAUUAUUGCCCCCAUUUAACCUAUUCUUAGUGACUCAAACCCCUGAAUUAUGGCAGAAAGGGAAGGUGAUAUAAAACAGCUUUCACAUUGGGAUGUAGGCUCCUGUGUGACCUAACCUUGUCCAUAGUUCACAAGGGGUCAGUGGCAUUACAGAUCUUGUUGGGAGGUUCCUAACUGCAGGGUGACUAUAAAAUAUUCGUAGAGAACACUGAGAGAUAUCCAAAGCUGCUUUAUAUGCUAUAGUUUUGUUCAAUCUGAACGUCAUUUAAAUAUCACUGAUGUUUAGAACUACAUAUGUACUUUUCAUGUUCUUUGGAUUUCUGGAAGGUAAUGAUACUUCACUGUUUACAGCUAAUGCCUAGUUGCUUGCAUGCUAUGGUUGUGCAGUAGCGGAACAGGACACUAGCGUGAUAGAAAAUGUUGAUUUUAUAAUGCCAUUUAUACAUAGCUUAAUUUGGCGAGGAUCGAAUGUAAUAUAUAUCAGGAAUGAUCAUACACUAUGUAGUUGCAUCAUAUAUAAGAUUGCUAGGUUACAUCUAACCGUGACUAUGUCAUUGUUUUAAUGAUUAGGCAUUUAUGAGUUAUGGUGUAUAUUCCUUAUGUUGGCAUGAUAUUUUUGCUAUUUUCCAUGCAUUAAGAAUAAGACUAAAUCUUAGAGCAAUUUUAUCUAUGCCCUGUGGGUUUUUUUCUUUUGAGGGGAGGGAGUGGAGCUGGUUUUAAUCUCCCUGUGGUAUUUUAUCUCUCAAAAAAGUGAGAAAAGUUUGUAAAUGUCUCUUAAAAACAAUCAAACAAUUUUAUUAGCUUCUUUUUGGAACCUUUAAGUGUUCAUUUUUUUCUCCUAGAAAAAUAAAUUGACAAAACUGCUGAUUACAAAAAUAUAAAUCCUUUAGAAAUAAAAUGAUUGCCCGAUUUGUGUAAUUUUCUAACAGUUGUCAUGAGAGAAAGCUUAUAUAACAAAAACAGAGUUCUAUGCAAAAAUCUAUAUCAGCUAUAUCUUUUGAGAGUCUAAGCAAACAGUAUUACUGUGAAAGAAUUGUCAAGCUUCAUCCACCUCGAAUUCCAGCAGGUUCCUAAAAUAUGGAAAUCUGAACUUGAGAAAAUUAUGGGACACAAUGCAGUGUUAAAGUCAUACUAUACCUUCCUGGGCCAAAUAUUGCUAACUUCCUGACUAAUUAUGCAGUAUCUUCUUAACUUAGCAAAGCUUUUUACUGGCAAUAAAAUGCUUCACCCUCAGGUGCCGUGGAUUGAAAACACCUUGGGGGUAAUCACUGUGAAUGUGUCCUUUUACCCCCCCCCCCACACACACACACAUUGCAACAAUUUUACUUUUGUAUGCUGCCUUUUUUAUUUUUAAUCAAACCACAAGUAUGCAGAAACUCUUCAAGAAGUUAGCAAGUAAAUGACUGGGUCUCUUGAAAAUGUAUUUUAAUGGAAUUCUGUAUAUAUCCAUUUAGAAUGACUUUGAAAAAAUUCUUUAGAUUUUAGGAUGUAUUGCUCUUCCACAAAUGAAAAUUUUGGAUUAAGUAUAAUGGAGUUUUAAAAAUUAACCAGGGGACACUAUUUGGACACAAUAGAAAAUUCUUGUUGAAAGAUCGCACAUGCUUGCAGAUUGAUUGAAUGCAUAUUAAGAGGAUUGGGAUUUUUGUAAUUGCUUGUAAAUGAAAACUUAUUCUAGGGAUACACAAAGAAGGAAAAUGUAUGCCAUAUACUAUGUUCACGAGGAAAACUUGAAACAGGAUAUAUUUCAAUGAGUAAUCGAUAUUUACUGUACUUCCCAACAUCUCAUUUUCUUGGGUUCCAGUAAGACUGUGACGAUGGCUGUUGUCACAGCAGGUCACUUAGAGUGCAGGAUGGGGGAUGGGCCUGGAAACGGAUGUGGGACCCGCUUUGAGCUGUGAGGUGCUGGGCAAGUUUUACCCUUGGGAGCCUCAGACUCCACCUGUGAAGGGAGCAAGCCGUGCCCACUUGGCAGAAGGGUGAUGAGCCCGGGAGGAAGUAGACAUGAAGCCCCCGCAGCGAUGCAGGGCAGCCGCCCUGAACAACCUCAGGGCCACCAGCCCACUCUUGUUCUACACAUUGUUUUUGAAUCCAUCUCUCGAUUUUUUUUUUAACCGACUUUUCUCCAUAGAGAAAAGCCAGGUAGGUUUUUGCAAAUGAAAAUCUUGAGUAAGUUCUUAUAGCAUUUCUAAGGUAUAGAGAUCUCUCAACAACGACUUUGAUAUUUGGGUCAAUAGAGGAUUUGACUCUUUCUAAAUAUAUACUGUUUUAAUAAAAUAUUUUUUAAAUUACCCCUGAUGACAGGAACAUCAAUUGGCACUUUCACUUUCAAAUUAGGCAAAACCAUAUCAGUGCUUACAUUUGGUUGUCAUACAUGGCACAUCUUUCUCUUUUUUUCCCAUUGAAUAUAAAACUAUGAUUUGAGAAGUACAUUAUAUGAAAUGUUUUAAAAAUUAAAACUUGUCAAAUGAACCAAUUCUACCCCCAUACACUUUUUUAAAAGAUGAACUUCCAUUGUACUAGGGUAGGUGUGGAAUUUGAUGGUUAGAACCGCCUGGGUGGGUGCAGGUGCUUAUGUUUUCUCUAGAGAUCAAGAUCCCGGAGGACUGGCUUGGACCCUGGAGAUUAAUAUGCUUAAUAUGCACCUCGGUGAUUCUGACGAUUCGUCAAACUAGGGAAACGUUGCCCUGGGCCAGACGGCUGCUUUUCUCAACAGUUAGGAGAAUUUCUUUGAGUCAUGAAGUUACUGCUCUCGUUCAAAAGGCUUUCAAUAUUUUCCCAAGGAGUAUAAGCCAUCUGGUUGGUGUUACAGCAGUGUCUUCAUUAGUGUGUACAUUUAACAUUUCAGUUUUCUCAAAUUUUUUUUUAAAUUAAGAAUUAGAACCCUAUCCGUGUACAUGUAUACAGGGGUGCAUGCCAGUGUUAUAACAGACUGUGUAAAAGUUCAAACCCGCUUUAAAACGAACAUUUUAUGAUACCGUGUGCUCUUGAUCAGGAGUUUAAUUACUGGAAUAAAAACAGUGGAUCUCCCAA